AAAAACAAAAAUAUCUGGACAGUGGAUUUAUUUUUCCCCUCCUGGUUGCGUUUCAUCCGACGCCCCUUGAACGCACCGGCAGCAGAUGAGAACCAAUCGCGUGCGACAUCCUGCCGGGGAGAGAAAACGGUCUGUUGAAAACCGAGACGUGAAGCGGAGCGGAGGGUAGAAACUCACCGGCACCGGGUCUACUGUCUCCAUCAAACCCACCUUCCUUCGGAGUGAAUGAGAGAGCAGACCUCCACCCUGCAGACUCAGAGAGAACACACUCCAGGUUACCUGAACAGAAGCGCAGAUGGACACCAGGAACAACACUGAAGAGAAACCCGUCCAGCGAUCUAAGUCCUUCAGCUUUAAAACCGCAAAGGAAUUGUGUACAUCAUGUGAGAAGACAGUCUACCCGAUGGAGAGAUUGGUUGCCAACAACAUGGUCUUCCAUUCAACAUGCUUCUGCUGCAAGCAUUGCAACGCCAAACUCAGCCUUGGCACCUUUGCAGCCCUUCAAGGCGAAUUCUACUGCAAACCCCACUUUCAGCAGCUGUUCAAAAGCAAAGGCAACUACGACGAGGGCUUCGGACGCAAACAGCACAAAGAGCUCUGGGCCUCCAAGGAGACAGAUGAUAUAACAAAGACGGCAUAAUCAUGUCUGCCUGUGUCCCAUCCCUUCCCUGUCUCUUCCUUUUUUUGUCCCUCCUUACACCUCCAUCACGAUGAACACACGCCUCAUGUGCUGGGGCACUGUUAAAAUCACCCACGCUCUCACUUGCUUUUUGAAGGCCAUCAGACACAGAUACAUGCACAAACAGAUAGGACAAGACUUGACAGUCAUAAUCAUAAUUUGGGGAUUCUGGGUUUGAUUUUAUUAAUGUGUAUUUUCUUAUUUCCUUCUUUGGAAUUGGUAGAUGAUUGUGACCAAAUGCCUUCUCUGAAAUGGGGAGUGUGAUAAUAAUCACUUGUAUUAUUUCCUUUUUUAACUCCUUUUAAUGAUUUGCACCCUUUUAUUUUUUGAGUAAGUAAUCUGUAUGCUCAGGCAAACAUAUCAGAGGGGUUACAGAGCAUCUAUGUUUUGCAGUCGAGCAUAAACUCAGGUCAGUUUUCACCCAAGGAUUUUUAAAAACAUAAUUUCACUCAUUUAAAAAAAAAAGCUAACUCAAAUCUAAACAACAGUCCUCAGUAUGGUGAGUUCACUGUCAGAGACGUUCAUGUCAGUUUGUCAGGUUUCAUAUAUUUGAGGAACAAACAGGGUACAGAGUACUGUAACACAACCGCACACAUCAGCAACGGCUCACCUCUCGCUUUUUUUUUUUUAACUUUUUGUUUGUUUUGUUUUUGUUGCUUCAUCCCAUGGUUUGUUCUUAUUUUAUUGACCACUUUAAGUCUUAUCCUUGCAUGUCGGGAUGACUGGGUUUUAACAGCCUUAUCUUAUGACUGUAUCGAUCUUUGUUGUUGUGAAUGAUUUCUUUGUCUCCAAAUCACUCUUCAAAGGGUUUCUAAAAGCACUUGAGUUUGGAUUUGUUGAUGUCAUGGCAGAAGUUGAUCCUCUCUGAGCUUUUAUGGUUGAAAUUUUAAUGGAAUUCUCAGAUUGUGUUUUGUAUUGGUCUGUACAUAGAGCUGUAGUUUGUGAUUUAGUGAACAUUCCCCACAGAACUCUUGUCUCGCACAUACGACCGCACAUCAUCACCAGACAAGAUGUUGAUAAUCACAGGGAAGCUGAUGCUUGUUCGUAAACAUCCCUCACACCUUCAUGUGGAACAUUAUCAGAGCAGGCAUUUACAUUCAGUUCAGUUGAUCACUAAAGAUACAUUUCUUUGCCACAAAUGAGGAUGUUGACGGACGAAGCUGAAGCCCCGCAGGAAAUCACACAACUUUGUUCCCUCGUCAUUUCACUCGUCAGUUGUGGCGUCUUGAGAUUCUGUUCUCCAGCUGUAUCUAAGUGUGUUCAUAUAACUGGUGGGUUUCACGGGGGCGUAGAUGGAUCCUACCCAGUCACUCCUUAACAUACAUUGCCAUUUGUUCCCCACAGUCCCAUCCGGCUAGAGCAGACAGGUUUUCUUUUUUUAAAUUACUUAAUGCCUUCCUGUUCUCGUCUCCUGUCUUAGAACCUAAAUGCAUCUUAGCACCUGGACCUAUUUCUAGUAUUGAAUUGACCGUGGGUGUCUGAGGGAGGGUUUGUCACAGUGUUGGCCCCUUUUGUGCUCCUGCAUGCUGCAUGCCAAACCCGGUACAGAGCACCCCCUACUGGGGAAAAUGUGACAGUAAUGACUGGAGGAAGUGAGAGAAGAGGAAGAAAAAAUAUCUUGCCUGUGAAUUCUAGGAAGCCUUUAUUCAAAGUUUUGUAAUAUGUUGCCUCAGUCUGCUGUGCGGCCACUGCACUUCAGCAACUUUAAUCUUAUUUAAUUCCUACACCUAAGAGAAAUUAAUCCAGUUAGAAAAGAUUCCACUUCUAUUUUUUCAUUCUACACAAAGAAUGAGUUUAAAGCCAUUAAAAUCUCUCAUUUUAGGAAAUGACUACCACUAAGACUUGACUGACACUUGAAUGACACAAAGUAGUUUUUGUGACUGAAGGUGUACUGUGAAUUUGAGCAUGUCGUGCUGAAGAGAAACUUAAAACGAUGGAUAUUUCCUUGUUGUUUUUUUAAAGAAGCCUUAGAAAUGAGUAGCUGACCUUGUUGCUUUUUCAAACGAAAGCUUUGAGUCCACAAAUCUUGACCAAGAAAUGUCCUGUUCAUGCCUUUUCAGAAACAGGCAGGCUAACUUUAGAUCCCCACUCUUUAACAUAUGAUUACUUCACUCAACCAGCAGCCACUCUCUGAUGUAACCACUUUUUAUCCACAUAUAUCGUUCAGUACCUUAACUUGUGUGACGGUGUGUAUUUUAAAUUUUCUUUUCAAUUAUUCAAACGGUCCGCUGCAUCCCUGAGAAUGCUUUAAAAUCGAGAGUGUUGUAUCUGGAAAUGCUGUCUUUGUCAUUCUCCGUUAGCAGUUCGCCAAGGUACAGCUGCAGCAUCUGCGAAUUGCAAUGUCUCCGUGUAACAGAGCAGAUAAGGUACACUUAACACUGGUGCCAAGAGGCUCAGGUGAAUGAUUGCAGUGUAACGUUUUAAUGUUAAACGUGUGAGUCUUUUAAUUUUUGUGCUAUACUUGAUGUGGACUUACUUUUCAAUGCUGUUGUUAUCGAGACAUUUUAAAUGUAUGCAUCUUUAAAUUUGAUCUGUUUUAAACUUGACCUGUGGAUUGAGGUGGCCUUACAGCAAAAGGACGUGUAGACUGUGUUUGCAGUCUUUCCUCUCUAUCCCCCCUUCUCUUGCUAGCUGUGGUAUGGAAGUGUAUCAUUUUGAAAACGUAAGCGCCCCCUUUCUACGCCAAUACACACAUUCAUUUUGUGCAUUUUCUUCCUUGUUUUAUUUUUCUUUUUUACAUGCUUUUUGAGAAAAAAAAAUAAAAUGCUGGUGUUGAUUAA